AUGUCAGAAGAACAAAAAGAGAAGAUCCUCUCCUCCCCGGAGUUUCAACAUUUUCUUGAUCGCACAAGUCGCAUUAUUGAACGAGCAAUUUAUGAAAAAGAUGUCACGUUUGAUUAUGGAAAAACGGAGGACGUGGAGGGGUAAGACGUUGUAUUUUAUACAGUAGAUACACGUAUACUGUAGGUUUUGUGACAAGUAAGGAUUGUGCAUUUGCCCGACAAGCUGCGAGAUUCAAAACUUACCGUUAGAAACACUUUUUCCAUGCAAUUUGCUUCUCUGUAUGUUGUACAAGGAAGAAAUGCCGUCCGGCGCCUAUUUGUGUGUGGGAGCGUGAUGUUUUCUCCCCCUGAUUGUAACAUUACUAAGGUUUCUAUUGAAAUAGUACUGUACACUGUGUUCAUAUUUGAAACUCUAGUUUACAUACAUGUAGUGUGCAUGCAAGUUAGCAUUCAGAAGGUACUUAUGAAUGCUGAGCACGCAUGCCAAGUAGGCCACCCAUGAUUGAGGAGGUGUGCAAGCAAAUACUAUCAAGGCUAGGAAAUAUUAUUCACUCUUGGACAAUUUUGCAAAAUGUAACUAGAAAAUACAUGCAUGCAGAAACCCUCGCCUUGCUGACAAAACCGUUGCAUUUUCCGAACAGGAAGUAUCUAGAGUAGUUGUUUUAAUUACAAAAUUAUCAAUUUCCCAACAUAUAUGUUAGGUAUGUAAUUAUACGUAAUACAAGCUUCAAUUUAUGGUAAAAUUCAACCACAAACAAUUCACAAAACGUUUUAAAGUGUUCUUUAUAAAACUAAACUGCCUUUAACUAUUAAAUGGCUUUAUCGAUAAACUUUGAGUUUGCAAUAAAAUGAUUUCAAAUUCUCGCUUGCAAAUAACUUUGGUCUUUGCUUUAUUUUUUAUUUAAAAAAAUCAAUAUAAUAAAAAAGGGAAUCAAUAUUAAAGUUACACUGAAAUUUAUAUAUGCUGUCUUGUUUACUUGUUUCAUAUACGCAAAGGCCGUCGGGUUUUAAAGCCAUUAUAAAAUCAAUAUUAAAAACAAACUUACCUUCGUUAACGUCGGCUCCCUUCUUUUAGCUGAUUCUUUCGCCCUUUCUUUCUUGAAAUUUACAAAAUCUUGCAGAAAUACGAGCAAAAAUGAAAUAUAUAUUUGCAAGAAAUUUAUCAAUCAUCAAAUCUUGAAAUGUUUGCUAUUUCGCUGUCGUCAUGCAGUCGUUAUGAUGCAAACUUUAAAUUGGACCAAUCAGUGUCCGUUAUUCAUGACAAUCCGCCAUAUUUUUGAGAUCAGUGAGGAUGACCACCCAUCGUUGGUGACCGACGCCCGCGCUCAUUGAUGAACUUUACACUUCGCUAAUGCUUUCGUUUCCCCGGGUGUAAAUAGCCGGGGGGAAUUAGUACCCUCGCACGGCGCUUCGCGCCGCCGGCUCGGGGAUUAUUUAUGACAUAGAGAAACAAUUUUGGACUUUUUAUUAUUAUUAUUAUUUAAACUUAUUUAGGCAACUGAUUUUCAAGGGGCCGUUUACAUGCAAUGAAUUAAAGCCUGCACAUUAUUAAUAGACCUUUCCGGUAAUUACGUCACAACUACACUGUUUUCUACUUAGGACCACCUUAAAUGGUAUUGAUUUCGAGUUUGUUUCUCACGGGCUAUGGUCAGAGAAGCAGAACAUCCUUCGUCAACACAUGUACAUGCAUAAAAAAGAAUUUUGGAUUUUGACUAUUAAAUGUGGAAAUAAGCUUAAACACGAAAACGAGGUUGAGGGGCCAUGACCCCUCUUGGCCCCUCAGCCUCGUUUUCGUGUUUAAGCUUAUUUCCACAUUUAUUGGUCAAAAUCCAAAAUUCUUUUUAUGAAUGUGUUGAAGAAGGAUGUUCCGCUCCUCUGACCAUAGCCCUUGAGAAACAAACUCGAAAUCAAUACCAUUUAAGGUGGUCCUAAGUUGAAAACAGUGUUAGUUGUGACGUAAUUACCGGAAAGGUCUAAUGCAUAACAUUACUUUACAUUACAUCACAUACAUUACUGAUAGAUUACAUCACAUACAUUACAUUACAAACAUAAAUAUAUCUAAAUUAUCCUAAUAAUACUAUUUACAAAAAGAAAUACUGGCGAGUUUUAUGAUAACAAUUUUAUAAUCAUGUAUUAACAGUUUCAUAAAUUAGGUUAUAACGUUAACGUUUAUUGUUUAAUUUAGGGAUAGUCAAAUGUUUGAUAACAUUGCACUCAAUCGUGAAUUUUAUGAUGAAAAAUGGUCCAAAAAUCGUGUUGUCACAAGUUUAGAUUGGUCAACCCAGGUAUUGUUGUUAGUUUUCUUUCUGAUCAUUAAUGUCAUACUUAGACCGAGAUUUGGACUGUGGUCUAAAAUAUUAAAUAUAAUUUUGCCCGUGGUAAAUCAUGUGGCCGAAGUUAAGUGUUGUGCGCCAUUGUUAUAAACAUAGCCUUGUACCAUUUUAGUAUCCUGAAUUAUUGGUUACGUCAUAUUAUAAAAAUGAAGAUGCUCCACGGGAGCCUGAUGGUGUCGUCUUAAUAUGGAACAUCAACUACAAGAAAACAACGCCUGAAUAUACUUUCCAUUGUCAGGUAAAAUAUGACGAUUCAUGCUGUUAGGUGUUCCACCGAAAUAAUGGUGGUUGUGCAAAACGUUGGAGCAGAAGGAAUGAUCGUAAAGUCAUCAGUGGCGUAGCCAGCCCGACAAUUAUUCAUUUCUUUAGAAAUUGAUUAUUUUCACAGUCAAUGAACACGCGAAAAUAUUUGCAUAGCGGGACUAAACCGUCGGGCUGGCUACGCUACUGAAAGUCGUCAUGUAUACAGUACAGUCGUGUUAUGUGGAUUACAAACACCGGAAAUUGGCUAUUUGCCAAACAAAAACACUAAAUGGCUGAUCAGUUAUGACUGAUCACAUAAAAUACGUAGUAGUUCAAUUGAAUUAAAUGAAUGGUUAUUUCAUUAGCACUGUCAGCAUAAAAGCUAGAAAAGGAACACAAAAUAUUGUCCGACCGUUAUUAGCCAAUGUCUGAGCAACUGCACAGUUGAAAGUGAAAUUGUUAUAAUCCACACUGUCAUGUAUAAAUAUUUUUUGACUAAUGCUGUAAUAUAAAUUUUAACUUGUUGAAUUAUGCUGAUGAUGCAGUAUUUCUGCGUAACGUUUAUGUCACUAGAGUUCUGGUUCCAGCCAUUUAUUUAAUCAGUUCGGCUUCGGCCGGAACCGUAUUCUGUUGCAGCUGGAUAUGUGAAACCGAUUCGAGUCAGAAUGCAAACUGGUUCGAUCGAAUUCUUGCUGAACAUUUUCACCCUUGAAUCAGAUAAGAAUCAUGUUUGUUCCAGUUGUAUAUAAAUUGGCCUAAUAGUUUCCCGUCGUCUCAAGUUUCUAACUGAUUAUAAUUGUCUUUGGGUGUUCAUGCCAUUGAAAAUGUUUGCGAAUGGAAAUCGUAUUUAUUUUUUUUUUAGUCUGGUGUGAUGUCAACAAUGUUUGCUCGAUUUCAUCCGAAUUUAAUUGUGGGUGGAACAUACUGUGGUCAGAUUGUAUUAUGGGACAACCGCAGCAAUAAACAAACACCAGUUCAACGAACUCCGUUGUCGGCAAAAGCACACACGGUAAGAAUUUUUUUAUAAUAGAUCGGGGACCCUCGUGCGUCUACACAUGCGUAAAGAGGCGCGAGUUUACUCUGGUCUGCAGCAGAUCUGCUUCAAGGCUAUUUGUUAUAUCAGGUU